AUGAGAAAUGGAUUCUUGUUUCUUGGACUCGUGAUUUUACUUGCACUGUUGAUUGUUCUUCAUAUCCGCGUUGCGCCCUAUACUAAGGUCGAGGAGUCCUUCCAUAUCCAAGCUGUCCAUGAUAUCUUGGCCCAUGGCUUCCCACUUACCAAACUUGGCACCGAGCGCGUCAAUUAUGACCACUUUGAAUUCCCUGGAGCUGUGCCUCGGACGGCUGUUGGUGCUGCGGUACUCGCCAAAGUAUCGCAGCUAGUCAUCGCAGUGGACGAGCAAAUCGACCGUCAGAUUCUAGCUCGAACAAUCCUGGGUCUCUACAAUACAUUCGGAUUAGCUACCUUUGCAUACGGUCUCCGCCGUAGCUUCGGCCAGACCGUAGCUACAUGGUAUCUUCUCUUCCAGAGCAGCCAGUUUCAUUUGAUCUACUAUGCGUCACGACCGCUGUCGAACAUGUUCGCCUUUGGCCUGACGACACUAUCACUCCGCUACAUGCUCCCGGAUAAAGUCGAUAGCUCCAACAAAGUACAAGGCGCAUAUCGUCUAUCACUAUGCCUCCUCACCAUUGCUGGCGUCAUCUUCCGCUCUGAACUGGCAGUCCUAGUCGCAACGCAGACACUAUUCCUGCUAGUUUCCGGCCGAAUUAGCUUAUUCAAAACCGCCAUCCCAGCAGGCCUGGUCGGCCUCACUACUGGCCUUCUUAUUACAGUAUCAGUCGACUCGCUAUUCUGGCAACGCGCCCCGCUUUGGCCCGAGCUCGAAGCAUUCAUCUUCAACGUCGUUCAUGGACAGUCUUCAGCCUGGGGCACAGAGCCAUGGUAUUUCUACUUCUGCAAUGCUCUUCCCCGUCUUCUACUAAAUCCUCUAACCUACCUCCUCGCCAUCCCUGUUGCACUCCGCCAGCCCGCAACCCGGCACUCAGCGCUCUCACUCCUCAUUCCAUCACUGUCCUUCAUGGCACUUUAUAGUUUCCAACCGCACAAGGAAUGGCGUUUUAUCGUUUACAUCAUUCCCUCUCUUACAGCUGCUGCUGCCCUCGGUGCCGCGUACCUGUGGACACACCGCUCGCGUUCGUUCUUUGCACGCCAAGGCUCCCGUCUUCUGAUCUUGUCUACAAUGGCCUCAUUCCUGCUCUCAAAUCUUGUUCUUUUGCCCGCUUCUGCGGCAAAUUAUCCCGGUGCGAAGGCUUUGAAUGCUUUACACCACUAUCAUUAUGUGAAACAUAUAUCUGGAGAGGAUACUCAUGUUUACCUUGGCAACCUUGUUUGUCAAACGGGUGUUACCCGGUUCCUGCAACAUCCCAAUACCGAAAAUCACCAGUGGGUAUACGAUAAGACCGAAGACGAAAUAACUAAGUCUAAGGCUCUAUUUUGGGAUAAAUUUGAGUAUGUGCUUGUUGAGGCUUCUGCAGAGCCCGAGUACGUGGAUAAAGAUGAAAUGCGCCUUCGUGUUGCACUUCCUGGUUCUCAGUGGGAGACCAUUGAGGUUAUUGAGGGCUUUGCGGGAUUUUCGAUUAUUAGGCCCGGGGAGCCGGCUGUGGGAAGUGCUGAGCGGUGGGUUGUGUCUUUGAUUGGUGGAAAGUCUGCUGUUGAAUUAUUUGAGUAUGUUCGAGAGACGGCGAGGAAGUUUUUGCUCAAGGGUUGGUGGGUUGAACUGAAGAUGAAGCCGAGAGUUAAGGUUCUGAAGCGGUUGAGACGUUCCACUAUAGACUCUUGA